AACUUCGAAAUAUAGAAGCUUCACUGUAUCAGUUGCACUCCCUGCACCCAAUGGAAGGCAAACUUGCGCAGCUUCUCCCAGUUAUCUCUGUGAUUGUUAUAGUUCUGAGAGCAGUGGAUGCUCGUGUUCCAGCAGUGUUCAUAUUUGGAGACUCCACAGCUGAUGUUGGGAAUAAUAACUUCUUGCCUGUUAGUAGGGCAAAGGCCAACUUCCCACCCUAUGGCAUAGAUUUUGUGCAAGGUAGAGCUACAGGCAGGUUCAGCAAUGGAUUGAAUAGUGCCGACUACUUAGCCAAGAUGAUGGGGUUUAAGAAAAGUCCGCCACCUUUUCUCUCUCUUACCAGUAACACAUUGCUGAAGCAUGCCCGGCGAGGGAUCAACUUUGCCUCAGGAGGAUCUGGGAUCCUUGAGACAACGGGGAGAAGAUACGUUCAGGUCAUCUCCAUGGCGAAGCAAGUCCAAUACUUUGAAACAGUGCGUGCAAAUCUCACAGCACACAUGGGAACGACCGCAACGGAAAAGCUGCUCGAGAAGUCUAUCUUCCUCAUUAGCACUGGAAGCAACGAUAUUUUCGAUUACUUCACGCCCAAUGGUUCUGUUAACCGUCCUCCUAUGACUGCCUUCCUUUCCACUCUUUCCAUUACUUACAAAGGCCACCUAAGGAUGGACAAAUAUGAGAAUCGAGCUAGACUACUUGAUCCCAUCUCCGUCAUGUGCUGUGAUCUGUCUGAUCUGAGACCUGCUCAAGAUAAUGUUCAAGAAUAUGAAGAUGACAUUGAAGGAGAUGGCAGUGAUGGAGAGGACAUUGAUGAAGAUGAUAGAACUGAAGAAGAAGAUAAUAUGGAAACUGAUGAAAGCAUUGAUAAUGAUCUUAAUAAUUAG